GCUUAGGAUUUGAGUUUUAAAGUUUUUAACUCCAAACAAAAACCACUUUAGUUUAGUUUAGUUUAGUUUUGACGACGGGGAGCUGUCUUCUCCGCCUCUGAAAUUGAGACCAGAUCCUGUUUGACUCGGUAUCUGUCUCUCGUAUUUGUUUUUGUUUGGGCCACAAAUCAUGUCUGGAAAAGGCGCAAAGGGUUUGACUACGGGCAAGAUUUCAGCCGCAGUGAACAAGGACAAAGAUAAGAAAAAACCCACCUCUCGUUCUUCUCGUGCUGGCCUUCAGUUCCCAGUUGGACGUAUCCAUCGUUUACUGAAGUCUAGAACCACCGCUCACGGCAGAGUAGGAGCAACAGCUGCUGUCUACUCUGCUGCUAUUUUGGAGUAUUUAACUGCAGAGGUGUUGGAGUUAGCCGGAAACGCCAGCAAGGAUCUCAAAGUGAAACGUAUCACUCCCAGGCAUCUGCAACUUGCAAUUCGUGGUGAUGAAGAACUCGAUACUCUAAUCAAGGGUACCAUCGCAGGUGGUGGAGUCAUUCCUCACAUCCACAAGUCCCUUAUUAACAAAUCGUCUAAGGAAUAGCUUCGCUCCAUGCAUUCUGUCUGUCUAGGGGGAAAAUUCUCUCAUUACCGAUGUGAUUCUCUGCGCCAAAUGACCAUGAAUUUGUUUGAAACUUUCUGUGAGCUUAGGGUUUUUCAUUUGUGUCUAAAUUUCUCAGCUUAUACUUAUUUUCCUCCUUUUAAGUCUGUAGACUCUGUAAUCGGUAUGUUUGGGAUGCUGUGAAUGUGGAUAAUGACAUUAUUUAACAAUUCUAAUCUUUGCUUAAUUUUUAGUCAA